AUGUCGUCCAACUCGUUGGGACAGAAUAAUACCCCAUCAGGUCAGAACAGCACGUUCAAGAAACCUGCGGGUUCAGCAGGAGCAACCCCAGUUCCUACCACUGUGGCAUCUGGAGUUACCAUAGUUGAAAAUGACGAUACAAGGGCUAGUUUUACUGGAAGAACAAACAUCGAUAAUGGCGCAAAGAUUGGAUCCGAGAAGCAACCGGAUUCAUCACCUCUGCUGCUUUCUACGCCGCCCACUGUUAGCAAGGCCCUAAUCCGUGCCUACCCUUACCUACUGAUAGCCAACAAGGUACUUGGAGUGUUCACCUGGACUGGUGAUGACUACUGGUUGAGCGUACUAACGACAUGCAUUUUUGCAAUUAUUGUUCUUUAUUUUGAGACCGUGAUUAUAUAUUUCGGCCAUAUAGUUGCUGUGGCAUUGAUAUCACUCUAUGCCGUUCUGGGUAUGACCAUAGAGAAGGAGCAGGAACUAAAGCCUACUCUUGAUGAUGUGGUUCAAUGUCUGACGAGUGUGACUGUGAGAUCUGAUAUGCUGCUUUCACCAAUUUCUUCUCUUAGUCUUUCAGCGUAUGACUUGAAAAGAUUGUUCUUCACAGCCAUCUUCCUGUCUCCACUUUACAUCAUCAUCAGCUACUUCCUUCUUCCUCCAAGGACGAUGAUUAUUGCCCUGGGUCUCUUUGUUCUUACCUAUCACUCUGCCUCCUCAAGGGUCACAAGAAAGAUUUUGUGGAAAUCCAAAUUCGUGAGAUCGCUAUGUUUCUACGCAACCGGAUUAGAUCUCGAUUUCCAGCACCAAAACAAGCACUCGCUGUUCCAAUUAGCUACCAAUAAGGCCAACAAACUCACAAAACUUACAGGGAACUCCAGUGAUGGUCCUGUGCGGUUCACUUUUGUUUUGUACGAGAACCAAAGGCGAUGGCUAGGAAUUGGCUGGACGGCCAACUUGUUGAGUUACGAGAGGACUCCCUGGACCGAUGAGUUCCUCAACGAAGCACAAUCUACCGAAGACUUCGAACUGCCCAAGGUAAAUGACGAGACGGGAAUGUACUGGAGAUGGAUAGACAAGACAUGGAGACUUGACCUCACCAAUGACGGUGCACUUACGCUUUCUUCGUCGAAACCAAAGUCUACUCCAGAUCCAAAGACUGAUGAUGGAUUCGUAUACUUCGACAACACCUGGAAGAGUCCUUCAACGGAAGACACCUUCAGCAAAUACACCAGGAGAAGGAGAUGGAUCCGCACCGCCGAACUUGUGUCGCCCAAUCAUCCUGCAGCAUCUCCACAAUCUUCAGCUACACCCUCGGUACUUCCCUCCACUUUCAAAAUUGCAUCUGCCGCAUCGGCCACCGUAAAAGAGCAAAUUCAAAUGGCUUCAGGUACAACAGUUUCCGAGACUGGUGAUGAUGUGAAAUCCAGAUCAAAGCGGAAGAGCCUUAGAUUUGACUCUGCUCCUCCGCAAAUCCUGGAGCAUGUCCUGCAGAAGGAUGACCAAACCAAACUUGCGAUGAAUGAGAGUGAGAUUGACGCCUCAAAGAAGGAUAUAUAG